AUGAGGUUACAAAGGUGGAGUCUUUGUGGUGGCUUUUCAAGUGGGCAAGUGACCAAGAUAAGUGUUUUCAGCAUCUUCCUGAGUCAUGUUAGGUUAUGCCUCGGUGCUUAUUCGCACGGGAUGCUUAGAGAGGUUCAGUUGCUGCAUUUGGCAAUGGAGAGGCAAGGCAUUUUGUUGGAUAAAAAUGAAAUCUUCUCUAAGUUGAUUGACGGGUAUGUUGGCGCUUUUGAUUUAGAAAGGGCCAUGUUGGUAUAUGAUCGAAUUAGGGAGCAAGAUGGUGGGAUUAGGAAGGUUUUUAGAUUACUUUGUGGGGAUGGAAUGGUUCAAGAAGCAAGGAAUCUUAUGAAGAAGGUCAUGGCUUUAGGUUUUGAGCCUAGCAGCUUGAUUAUCGAUGACAUUGCUUUCUGUUAUUGUGAGAAGAAUGAUUUUGAAGAUUUGAGGGACUUUGAGGAGUGCCUUUAUUUAUCUGUCAGAGAUGUUAUCAAGAAGCUUAGAGCCUGGUAUGGCACAUGCUCAUAUAAUGCACUUAUUGGUACAGUGUUUAGGGAGGGUAUGUGGAAGAAUGCCCAAAACAUUCUUGUUAAAAUGGUGGAGAAGGGAGUGGCCCCAAAUUUGUCAACUUAUAGAACUCUUUUGGCAGGAUAUUGCAAAGCUAGACAAUUUGAUGAAGUGAAGAUGAUGGUCCACAAGAUGAUGAAAUGGAUAGAUGGAAGAACUAUCUCUGUUCUUCUUCUUAGCAUUAGUGAAGCGGCUUUGUGCAUCCUGAUCCCAUAUCUGGGCUUCCAGCUCAAAUGGUCAGCUGGGUUACAGGAUUGUAAAUCUCUUGUUGGAUGUCUAUUCAAUCAUAGGACGCUGAAGAAGGCAUUGGGGCUUCUUGAAAGCAUUCUGCCAUCUUAUAGGAGAGUUAUGCAAGGGGAGAAAGACACAAUGUUGGCUAGGAACUUGGUUCCAUGCUUGUAUGUUUCUCUUAUUUUGAUUCUGCAGUUAUGUAAGAUUGAUAGACUUGAUAAAGCUGUUGCUUUAAGACAGAUGGUUAUAGGAUUUUGUAUGAUCGGGGAGGUUGGAGAAGCAGCCAAUGUAGUCCAGGAUAUGUUGUUGAAGGAGCUAUUUCCUGAUGCUGAAAUCUAUAACAUGCUAUUUCAAGGGUAUUGCGAAGCUAACUGCCUAAGGAAAGUUAAGGAGUUAGGUGUUCUGAUAAGAAAAUUUUCAAGCCCCUCAAUUUCAAGUUACCAGAACUUGGUGCGCUUGAUGUAUGGGAACAGCUUGCUCGUGGAUGAACUUCUAAAUGAAUUGCAGGAGAAAGGAUUACUACUUGAUGAAGUCGCUUACAAUUUUCUUAUAUAUGGGUUUUCAAAGUGUAAAGAUGUGUCUGGUUGUCUACACUAUCUGUCUACUAUGAUUUCGAAAGGAUUUAGGCCAAGCUAUCGCAGCUUAAGAACAGCAGUAACCUGCCUGUGUGAUCUUGGAUUUUAG